AUGUCAUCAGCAGCAAAGAAUGUGAGAGUUCCAGUAAAGAUAGUGAUAAUCAACACACAAUAUAUAGAGACUGAUGCAAGCAGUUUCAAAUCAGUUGUUCAGAGACUUACAGGCAAGAAUUCGACUGUGGCGGUGGAGGCAGCAGCCGCUCUGCCUCGACCGCCACCUGUGGCAGCUGCCUACGGCUGCUGCCACGUCGCUAGUAAUUAUUGGGAUGAUCAGAAUGCUAGUGGUGGUGCUAAUGGUCCAGGUUUGGGAAGAUUAGAGUCAUUUAAUGAUUUUGACAAGUUGUUUAAAGAGUUGCCUCCUUUGGAUGACCUUCUUCGACUUUAUGCAGAUGAAUUCGUACAUGCUUCCUAA